UUGAAGAUGACACACAAAUGUGAAUUAAUUCUUAUCUACAUUCCAACAAUAAAGAUUUAUAUUUUUGUUAGAAACCAUCUCCCUCCUAACUGGAAGACUCCAAAUAAUUAAAAAUAGAAGAAUAUAGAUACAUACAUGAACAUUGAAGAGAAGAUAUAUACAUUCAUUCUUAUACGUACAUGCACAUACAUACGUGCUGUCAGACAGAUAGAAAUUAUUGAAAAGUUAUUCGUUUGUAGAAUUAAUUCAUCAUAUUUUGAUGAAUUAAUUCUGGCUAAAGUUGGUAUCGUGACAAGGUGGCUUUAACGCUAUAAUCAAACCCCUCCAUUACUCAUAUAGCUCACUUUAUUCCAAGAGAUAUCUUGAGACAGAAUAUUGCCCCAGAUGUUUUUCUCUACAAUAUCUAGGUCGAAGAUUCUUUAUUCUGAGCUCAAUACCAGAACUGGGGGUAACUUUACAUUACCUCGUGCAGAACCAAGUAAAAUAGCAAUUGCUUUUGACUAGGUACAACAUCUCUUGAGGUGAAAUAUGGUUAUGACGUACAAUACUUUUUACCAAAACAUGAGCAUUGAAGGAGAAUUAAAAUAAUUACACGCCUGCAAACUACAGUCACCAAUGAAAUGUGUUUCUCACGGAAAUAAUUUAACAACGGAAUAUAAUCUGGUAGUGACACCGUUUCCGGUUAGCACACGUGUUUUGUCAGUAUCAAUUUUGAUUUCCCAUCAUGGGGCGAAAACUUAAAAAGAAACAUGUUAAAGAAGAAGAAAAAGAUUCGAAACCAGUAAUUGAUGUUGAAGACAUGUAUGAUGGUGAAGAACUCACCAUGGAGGAGGAAAGUUCUGAAGCACGGAAAUUAAUUCAGGAACAAAACCGCAAAAAGAAGAAAUCUGGUGGUUUCCAAAGCAUGGGUCUGUCCCAGCCUGUCUUCAAAGGGAUCUUACACAAAGGAUACAAAAUCCCAACACCAAUACAGAGAAAAACCAUUCCUCUUUUGCUUGCUGGUAAAGACAUAGUAGCAAUGGCCCGUACUGGAAGCGGCAAGACAGCAGCCUUUCUGAUACCCAUGUUUGAAAAGCUGAAGACACACUCGGCCAAGGCUGGUGCCCGAGCCCUUAUCAUGUCACCGACCAGGGAACUUGCUAUGCAGACUUUGCGCUUUACAAAAGAGCUGGGCAAACACAUUGGUUUGAGCGCUGCAGUCAUUCUUGGUGGUGAUCGGAUGGAAGAUCAGUUCUCUGCCAUGCAUUCGUUACCUGACAUAAUCAUUGCAACUCCUGGCCGAUUCCUCCACGUAGUCAUGGAAAUGAAGCUGAAGCUGUCAUCCCUACAAUAUGUUGUCUUUGACGAAGCCGACAGGCUGUUUGAAAUGGGAUUCAAAGAACAGUUAGAUGAGAUUCUCCGACGUCUCCCAGAAUCUAGACAAACCCUCUUAUUCUCAGCCACACUGCCAAAGCAAAUGGUCGAAUUUGCUAAGGCCGGUCUAAAUAACCCGACUCUAGUUCGGUUAGAUGUUGACAAUAAACUGAGUGACCAGCUGAAGACCGCUUACUUCUAUUGCCGUUCUGUUGAAAAACCGUCUCUGCUGUUGUAUCUUUUGAAAUCCGUUGUGAAACCUUUUGAACAAACUGUUGUGUUUGCUGCCACCAAACACCAUGUGGAACUACUGUCAAUGCUUUUGAACUCAGCCGACAUCAAGAAUACAUUCGUCUACAGUUCUCUUGAUGCUUCUGCUCGUAAAAUCAACAUUGCCAAAUUCCAGCACAAACGAGUCAACGUCCUAAUAGUUACCGAUUUGGCAGCAAGAGGUAUUGAUGUCCCUCUCUUGGACAACGUCAUUAAUUACAACUUCCCGGGCAAGCCAAAACUUUUCAUACACAGAGUGGGUCGAGUUGCACGUGCUGGUAGAAGUGGCACUGCCUAUUCUCUUGUGUGUUCCGAAGAAAUCCCUUACCUUAUAGAUCUCCAUAUAUUUCUUGGUCGACCGUUUCAGCAUGUUCCAGCUGAGGGAAAGAAGAAAGCAGAGGAGACAUCAGAUGAGGAUGGUUUAUUUGGCUCGGUACCAAGUUCCCUGAUCGAUGUCUGGCAGGACACGCUAUCACGGUGGCACACAGAAAACAUUGAUAUUCAAAAUAUGAUGCAAGUCUGUGAAAAAGCCUACAAGCAGUAUGUCAAGACACGACCACCACCGGCUGGAGAGUCUGUCAAGAGAAUGAAAGAACUUGAUAAUGGAGCACUCAAUAUUGGGGUCCAUCCUAUUUUCUGUGACCACAUAUCCAAAAAUGACCAGAAACGUGCAGAUUUUAUGAAUGCCUUACAUAAGUAUAAAACCAAUUUGACAGUGUUUGAAAUCUGUGCCAACAACAAAAGUACAAAACAGCUGGAGAUGAUGAAAGAGAAGAGAAGGCACCAUGAUCGUACAAUCAAGCAGACCAUCACCAAGAAGGAAGACAAGAUCGCCGAACAAGAGAUGAGGAAGGUGGAUGCUAAUCCAGAAAGUUCUGUAACAGUUGCUGAUGAUGCUGACGAUCAGGCUAACAUUGAGGAUGUUUUCAGCUCUGUAGUUGUGUCAAAACCAUCAAAGAAGGCUUUUGUAAAAAAGAUGAAGAAUGCAAAAUCUGCAAAAUCAGUGAAAGAUGAAGAGAACUAUGUCCAAUAUUGUCCAGCUGAUUAUAACAGUGAGAAGUCCCUUAACAUUGAAAACAACUUUCAUAAUGAGGCCACAGCAUGUGGGUUUGAGGUUACAGGAGACGAAGUGAAUCAGAUGCAGAAGAUGCAGUACAAAAUGAAAUGGGAUCGGAAAAAGAAGAAGUUUUUAUCAAAGAAUGCUGUCCUGAGCAAGGAACCAAAGAAAGUAAGGACUGAAAGUGGAGCCUUAAUUCCAGCAUCAUACAAAUCCAACUUUUAUGAACAGUGGAAGAAGCACAACAAGAUAGAAGAACAAGAAGAUGAUGAUGAUGGUGGUGAAAUCAUUCCAGUCAAAAUGGAAACGGAAUCUGCCGCUGCUGAAGAGAAACACAUAAGGGUGUUUGGUUUAAACAAAAGACGAAUGGGCAAACCUGAUGAAGACACUCCAAAUGCUUUAGGCAAUAAGAAACGGAGAUUCAAAAAUAAAGAGCGGAAGAAUGCUCAGCAGAUUCUGAAGAGUCGCCGAGUAAAGGCACAGAAACAGUCAUACCAGAAGUACCGGCAACAAGAGAAUUUGAAACGCAAGAAGAAAAACAAAAAAAAUUCAAAAUAGUAAAAAUUUAAUAAAAUAAAUAAAUACAUAAAA